AUUCCCGUGGUGCCUUCCGGCUAUACGGAGAGGGACGCGCCGUUGGGUGUGUGGUGCUGGAUGAAGGGAUGAAGGAGGACUGCUGCCUCUAAGGACCUCCGGCUAGCCUGUUUCAGCCACCUCGUCGUCCUGGCCUUGGAACUGUUGGAAAACCAAUUCGACUGUUAGCCAAUCAUUUUCAGGUUCAGAUUCCUAAAAUAGAUGUGUAUCACUAUGAUGUGGAUAUUAAGCCUGAAAAACGGCCUCGUAGAGUCAACAGGGAGGUAGUAGAUACAAUGGUGCGGCACUUCAAGAUGCAAAUAUUUGGUGAUCGGCAGCCUGGGUAUGAUGGCAAAAGAAACAUGUACACAGCGCAUCCACUACCAAUCGGACGGGAUAGGGUUGAUAUGGAGGUGACUCUUCCAGGCGAAGGUAAAGACCAAACCUUUAAAGUGUCUGUUCAGUGGGUGUCAGUUGUGAGCCUUCAGUUGCUUUUAGAAGCUUUGGCUGGGCACUUGAAUGAAGUCCCAGAUGACUCAGUACAAGCACUCGAUGUUAUCACAAGACACCUUCCCUCCAUGAGGUACACCCCAGUGGGCCGUUCCUUUUUCUCACCCCCUGAAGGUUACUACCACCCUCUGGGAGGGGGAAGGGAGGUCUGGUUUGGUUUUCAUCAGUCUGUGAGACCUGCCAUGUGGAAUAUGAUGCUCAACAUUGAUGUAUCUGCAACUGCUUUCUACCGGGCUCAGCCUAUCAUUGAGUUCAUGUGUGAGGUUUUAGACAUUCAGAACAUCAAUGAACAGACCAAACCUCUAACAGACUCCCAGCGUGUCAAGUUUACCAAAGAAAUCAGAGGUCUCAAAGUUGAGGUGACCCACUGCGGACAGAUGAAACGAAAAUACCGAGUUUGUAAUGUGACUAGACGGCCAGCCAGUCAUCAAACUUUUCCUUUGCAGCUAGAAAACGGUCAAGCUAUGGAAUGUACAGUAGCUCAAUAUUUUAAGCAAAAGUAUAGUCUGCAGCUGAAAUACCCCCAUCUUCCCUGUCUCCAAGUGGGACAAGAACAAAAGCAUACAUACUUGCCACUUGAGGUCUGUAAUAUAGUGGCAGGACAGCGAUGUAUCAAGAAGCUCACAGACAAUCAGACUUCCACAAUGAUCAAAGCUACAGCAAGAUCUGCUCCUGACAGACAGGAAGAGAUCAGUAGACUGGUGAAGAGCAACAGUAUGGUGGGUGGACCUGAUCCAUACCUUAAAGAAUUUGGUAUUGUUGUCCACAAUGAAAUGACAGAGCUCACAGGCAGGGUACUUCCAGCACCAAUGCUGCAAUAUGGAGGCCGGAAUAAAACAGUAGCCACACCCAACCAGGGUGUCUGGGACAUGCGAGGAAAGCAGUUUUAUGCUGGCAUUGAAAUUAAAGUUUGGGCAGUUGCUUGUUUUGCACCUCAGAAACAAUGUAGGGAAGAUUUACUAAAGAGUUUCACUGACCAACUGCGUAAAAUCUCUAAGGAUGCAGGAAUGCCCAUCCAGGGUCAGCCAUGCUUCUGCAAGUAUGCACAAGGUGCAGACAGUGUGGAGCCUAUGUUUAAACAUCUGAAAAUGACUUAUGUGGGCCUACAGCUAAUAGUGGUUAUCCUGCCUGGAAAGACACCAGUAUAUGCGGAGGUGAAACGUGUUGGAGAUACCCUUCUAGGUAUGGCCACACAGUGUGUCCAAGUAAAAAAUGUAGUGAAGACCUCACCUCAAACCCUUUCCAAUCUUUGCCUGAAGAUAAAUGCAAAACUUGGAGGAAUUAACAAUGUGCUUGUGCCUCAUCAAAGGCCCUCGGUGUUCCAGCAGCCUGUCAUCUUCCUGGGAGCGGAUGUCACACACCCCCCAGCAGGGGAUGGGAAGAAGCCUUCCAUUGCUGCUGUGGUUGGCAGUAUGGAUGGCCACCCCAGCCGGUAUUGUGCCACCGUUCGGGUGCAGACUUCCCGGCAGGAGAUCUCCCAAGAGCUCCUCUACAGUCAAGAGGUCAUCCAGGACCUGACUAACAUGGUUCGAGAGCUGCUGAUUCAGUUCUACAAAUCCACACGCUUCAAACCCACUCGGAUAAUCUAUUACCGUGGAGGGGUAUCUGAGGGACAAAUGAAGCAGGUAGCUUGGCCAGAACUAAUAGCAAUUCGAAAGGCAUGUAUUAGCUUGGAAGAAGAUUACCGGCCAGGAAUAACAUAUAUUGUGGUGCAAAAAAGACAUCACACACGACUCUUCUGUGCAGAUAAAACAGAAAGGGUAGGGAAAAGUGGCAAUGUACCAGCAGGCACUACAGUGGAUAGUACCAUCACACAUCCAUCUGAGUUUGACUUUUACCUCUGUAGUCAUGCAGGAAUUCAGGGAACUAGCCGUCCCUCACAUUACCAGGUCUUGUGGGAUGACAACUGCUUCACUGCAGAUGAACUCCAGCUACUGACUUACCAGCUGUGUCACACCUAUGUGAGGUGCACUCGCUCAGUCUCUAUUCCAGCCCCUGCAUAUUAUGCCCGGCUUGUAGCAUUUAGGGCAAGGUAUCAUCUGGUGGAUAAAGAUCAUGACAGUGCGGAAGGCAGUCAUGUGUCAGGACAGAGCAACGGCCGGGAUCCUCAGGCCUUGGCUAAGGCUGUGCAAAUCCACCAUGAUACCCAGCACACGAUGUAUUUUGCCUGAGAGUCUCAGAAAAAGAACUCAACCAAUUUGGCACCCCAUGCAGCCUCAAAAUGUUUCAAAUGCCUACCGCCUCUAGAUCGAGCCAAGUUGACUUCAGGUGGUCUUCUACCAGCAGCUCGGAAUAGUUGCACUGAAUCUAUACUUUGCAGCACUGUCUGAUGCGUCAACAAAAUUGAGCCAUUUUUUUAAAGUAAUAGAUACUCAUAGAUUAUCUUUUCUGAUGCACUGGACUGAAUUUUUACCUCAAUGUGCAAAGGCUGAUCAGCCUGAACUUUCUAAAGGACUUUACAAGAAGGGUUUCUAUGGAAUAUUUUGCUAGCUGUGGUGUUCACCGCAUCCCUCUAGUCUUAGAAAAGAAGAUUAUUCCUUUUUUCUGUAGUCAUUGAGUGGGGUGUAUGCAUAAGUGGGAGAGAAAAACCAAACAAUCUACUUCAGUUCAGUGUAACUAUUUAAUUGUGUGGGUCCAUAGACUUUUUAAUGAAGAUUUCUGACUUUGCCACUGUAAAUGCCUUUAAUGAGCAUUAAUUUUUGAAAGUUUGUUACAGAGUUUUAUUAGUUUUACUACUUUAUCUUAUUGCUCUCUGCAGACUUGUGCUGGUGCAAGUACACGCUGCCAGGCAAUUUGCACUAUAUUUGGCUGCAGAUUCAAACAGGCAGUUCUCUUAUUUGGUCGACUUUUGUGAAUGUGUGACAUAAACAGAUGUAAUGCAUGUCACAGUGACAGAGAUAACACUGCCAUGAUAAAAGUACUCAUGUUUCCCCCAUUUGAAAAAAAAAAUUGCUUUUAGUAUUUUUCCAAGUUUUCAAAAGUGCCCAUUUUAUGCUGCUGUGUGGUUUGUUAGAUCUAAAUGAUUUUUAAACUUUUCUCAUAGAAACUUAACUUUGGCAAUAAACAUUUUUUAAGGUCUCUCCUCUUCCUUCCCCAACAAUGUAGUUUUCUAGAUGAGACUUCGGUAUGAUUUUAUCAGCUAUUUCUUAUAUAUCAUAAUCUGGCAAUUUCUGAAACCAAUCAGAAAAGACAUAUAUUUCCAUGCCUUUUUAAAGAAUUAUUUUUACCUGUUUUAUAUUCACAGUUGGUGUCCUGUCACUUUGUUUUAAAAUAAGCUAGAACCAGGAUGCUUCCUUAUUGGAAAGGCUUUGCCAGUCCUUAAGGUACAUUGAGUGAUGCUGCAACUUGCAAAAAUGUACCAGCAUUUAAAAUUUCUUUUCCUGGGAAUCAAGGUAACUCACACGACUACUUGCAGUACAAAUUUUUUGCUUCUCUUUCGACCUGAAAUGUACUUGGUGGGUUUUCCUUCCUUUUAUUAAACUAAAACUGUGUGGAAAAGGUUGAUUUUUCUUAAUAGAUUCUGAAUUCCACUCACAGGGAGAUGGGAUUCCUUUCUUGUCCCAACAAAGGGAGUUGCUCUAAAGCGAGCAUCAGUUAAAAUGUAGGGGAAAAUGUAUUCUGUAUGUAGUGUAGAUAAUACUUUGUGAACGGACAACAGUUACAUAGUGUCUUGGUAGCUCCAGCCAGUGUUUCCCAGCCCAGAGUUUACUGACUUGUAAUUCUCUAUCCGGGACAUCAGGAGUGAGGGAUGGAAAAGGGGAUAAAAGGCCUGGAGCCACACUCCAUAUGGCUGAGGAAGGCGCUAGGGAAAGAGAUAGACACAAUGGGGUAAAAACAAUUUUGCCUCCCCUGCCUGGCAACUGCUGGUGGGGAAAUGAUGGUGAAGGGUGUUUGCUAGAACUCAUGAGACGUUUCAAAUCUCGUAAACUAGCCUUCUCAAAAUCCCAGCAAUAUAAAGCACUGUUUUUCUUCAGUCAUUUAAAUAAACUUGUAAAUACAUUGAA